AUGCUAUCAACGCUUCCCUGCCAUCAGACUCUUCCCGAGACGGAGGCCGCAAACCUUAGAAUUGAACCGACGGCCGAUGACAAGGCGAACGUUGGGGCGGAGUUUGUGGCGCGUGGUGUGGAGAAAGUGGAUGUUGGAUCUGAUAGAGAAGGGGAGGAGAGCGUAAAGAUUGUAGAGGAAAAGCAGGGGGGAACCAAGGAAAUAGAAAGUAAGAGGCGUGGGAGGAAAGCAGGCAAAGCGAAAGCAAGAAGCGAAGGGAGCGGGAGUAAGAGCAGAGAGGGAGGAGGAUCCGAGGAGGAGGAGGAGGCAGUGGCAGUCAUUGCUCAAGUGUUGAUGAAGAAAUACGGACCUCAGAUUGUGAGAGAAGAGGUGGAGGAGGGGGCUGGAAUCGGAGAGAAUGGGGGGGUUGAGGAGGUGAAGGGAGAGGAAGCGGCGGCACAGGAGAAGAAGGAUGGUAUGGACAAAGAAAUGAAAGAGGAGGAAGCAGAAGCAGAUGCGAGUGAGGAGGGUUCACCAGGCACCGCAUCUCACCACACACGUGCAACCACUCUCUCCUCCCUCCUCUCCCUCUACCGCUUCUUCUCCUCCCACCUCGGUAUCUCCUCCCCUUCCUCUGUCGCUUCCCUUCUUGCCACCCAACCUUCACUCCUUCGUUCCGAUCCCACGAGUGAUUUCCUGCCACGUGUCCGCCUUCUCCAAUCGUUUGGCAUCUCUCAGGCCGACAUUGUCCGCAUAACUUCCUUCACUUCCCCAGGCACCCCCUCCAUUGCGACCUCUGUUCUUCAGCGUGCCCCCACCAUCCUCAGUUUUACCGCAGAAAAUAUUUUAACUAAGCUACAGUUCUUUGUGGGACUGGUGGGGGAGGAGGCAGCAGGGAAAAUGGUGAGGACCUUCCCACAGGUUCUUAAACUAUCAAAGGAGAAUGUGCAAGGCAAGGUGGCAAUGUUGGCUGAUUUGAUUGGCCAGGAGAAUACUGUGCGGAUGGUGGCACAGUUUUCCCUGGGGAGGAGGGGGAACAGCAGGGGGACCUAUUCUAUGGGCUCUGCUUUUCUCUUGAGUUAUGCAUUCUCUACUGGUGCUGGAGGAGAGGGGGGAGGGGGACUACCAGAUCUAUCAGCAGCAGCAGGAACAGGAGCAGCAAUAGAAGGAGGCAGGGAUAGCGUGAGUGCUACAUCCCUGUUGAUAUGUCCUUUGUUGCUGCCAGAUGGGACCGGAGGGGGUGUGGCUGCUACAGCUGCCUCUGCUAGAGCCGCUGCAGCCCUCCCCUUGCUAGACCCGCUACAGCUGUUGCUGUGGGUGGCGGUGUCGCCGGCUGUAGCAGAGGAGUUACUGUUCAGAGGGCUGCUGCUCAUGGCCCUACAAGAGAGGCUCGGCAGGAUCGACGCUGCCAUGCUGUCUGCAGCCCUCUUCGCCCGCUUCCACCUCUCCCUCGCCCGCCUCUUCCCCAACAUGGCCCUUGGGAUUGCCGCCGGUCUGCUCGCUGUCUACUCCAAUAGCGACUUGCCAGCUGUCGCUCUGCAUACCACUUUAGAUCCUUCUGCUCUAAUCUACGCACUCAUGGCUGCGACGAUUGCUUCUGUCUAG